AUGCAGGCGACACUGUUCUGCCUCAAAGUUGGAGACCUUCUCUCCUACUCCAUGUCAGAUUCCAACACAACCGACUUCUCCAGCCCCUCCACCUUCAUCCUGCUGGGCAUUCCUGGCCUGGAGGCAGCCCAGGUCUGGAUCUCCAUCCCCUUCUUUAUCAUGUACACCGUCACCCUCUUGGGGAACUUCACCAUCCUGUUUAUCGUGAAGACAGAGCCGAGGCUCCAUGUGCCCAUGUACUAUUUCCUCUGCAUGCUGGCUGUCACCGACCUGGUCCUGUCUACAUCUACCAUGCCCAAAAUUCUGAGCAUCUUCUGGUUCAAUUCCAGGGAGAUAGAUUUUAGUUUGUGCUUCACCCAGCUCUACUUCAUUCACUGCUGUAUAGCGAUGGAGUCUGGAAUCAUCGUGGCCAUGGCUUUGGAUCGUUACGUGGCCAUCUGUGAUCCGCUGAGACAUUCCACCACUCUGACCAACUGCUUUGUAGCCAAGAUCGGCCUGGCCGUGGUGCUGCGUGGCAGUAUUCUUGCACUGCCCUAUCCUUUCCUGGCAAGGCGGUGGCCAUAUUGUAGAACCAACAUCAUCUCCCACACAUACUGUGAGCACAUAGCCGUGGUGAAGCUGGCCUGCGCCGACAUACGCAUCAGUAGUUACUACGGCCUCUCUGUGGCAUUCUUGGUGAUUGGUCUGGAUGUGUCUUUUAUCACUGUGUCCUAUAUCCAGAUCCUCAGGGCCAUCUUUAGCCUCCCCACAAAAGACGCCCGGAUCAAGACUUUUGGGACCUGUGGCUCCCACCUCUGUGUCAUUUUAGCAUUUUAUAUCCCAGCUCUCUUCUCCUUCCUCACACACAGGUUUGGUCACAAUGUGCCCCCGCAUUUCCACAUUCUCAUGGCCAACAUGUACAUUCUACUGCCCUCCAUGCUAAACCCCAUCAUCUACGGGGUGAGGACCAAACAGAUCCGGGACAGGCUGAUCUGGCACGUUACUCAUAUUGAAUAA